AUGCAGUGUGACAUGGUCAUCAUCGGGGGUGGCAUCUGCGGGCUGCUGGCUGCUCGACAGUGCCGCGACAUGGGUCUGUCCUAUACACUGAUCGAGCGAGAGAAGCGGUUGGGAGGCAACUGGCACACCAAGGCGAACGAUCACUCCUUCCUGCAGGUGAGAGAGCAACUGGAAGCAUUUGCGAGUGACAACGCUGUCACGUCCAACUCCCUCCUGUCUACGGAGGCCGUGGAUGUAACCCAAAUGGCAGCAGACAGGUUCCUCGUCAACUGCAAGAGCCUGGUCACAGGCGAGGAGUCUGUCAUGGAAACGGCCUUCCUGUGUGUCACAUGCGGCAUCUUGGGGGACCAGUGGACAGCAGAGGAGCGAGGAGUGGAGGUGGGCCAGGGCUACAGGGGCAAACUGACCCAGGCAGGGCGCCAUCUCGGGAUGGAUUCACUGGCUGGCACGGUCGACUUGGCAGGGAAGAGGGUCGUGGUGAUGGGCUCUGGGUCAUUCGCCAUAGAGGCGGCUGAAGCGGCUGCUCGGCAGAACGCACAGCACAUCACCAUCGUCUCGAGACCUCGAUACCGAUGGGUGCUGCCGUUCUCCAGGCAGUUUAUACUGGCAGCAGUUGCAUUCGCCCCCCUGGUGCCCUGGAGGUUGAAGAUGAGAGCCGUGGAGUGGUACCUCCGCAAGUUCUUUUAUGGCCCCUGCGGCAUCGACCACUGGCUGCCCAGGGGAGCACCGGCCGACAUGGACUACUCAGGCCAAUCCAAUGAUGGGUACUUCAGGCUGACCCACGAAGGACGCCUCACCUGCAUUGUGGACCGAGUUGUGAAACUGGAUGCAGAGGGAGCAAGGUUGGCCUCCAGGAAAAUCCUGCCCUGCGACCUAUUCGUCGUGGCUGCUGGGUGCAAGUACAACCUGCAGCCCCCUUUCCUUGCGAGCCUGGGUCUUGGAUUCCAUGACCUGCACAGCUAUGCUUUCCUGGGCAGAAACCCGCGGAUUGGCACCGCCUCCGACUUCGUCUUUGCCUUUGUGCCAGCGGGACCACUUAAGCAGCUGGAGAUGUUCUUCCACUCCGUGCAGUGCUGCAGGGCCGGCAAGGAAGCUGAGGUGGCUCGGGCACUCGAGCCCACAGCUCUCCCACACCACACGGAGGGACCCAUGAAGGGAGGCAGGAUGGCUGGCUCAUACACCUGGUUCCAGACGCGCUCCCCCUGGUCGCCACUCAAUCUACCAAUCGAGGUGGGCAUGGGCUUCCUUUCCAUUCUACUGUGA